AUGCCGAAUAAUAAUGAUAAUCAUGAUGAAAAUAACGAGACCGACGAGCAGUCGCGGCUUGUGUCGCCUGUGAAACAGAGUGAUGAGUUUGAGCCGCUAGAGAGAGACGGUGGUGGAGAUACGUCUGCUUCGGCAUCUCCGCACAACUAUCACCAUCACCAUCACCACGAACAUGAACAUGGACAUGAGACUGUGGAUCAAUCAUCGAAAAGCACGUUGUAUCUCAUUUUGUUAACUUUGAGUAUUGGCGGAUUGCAAGUUGUGUGGUCGGUUGAGCUUUCUAAUGGAUCGCCAUAUCUACUCUCACUCGGAAUGAGCAAGGCCCUGCUCGCCUUUGUCUGGGUUGCCGGCCCCCUGACGGGAGCCCUCGUGCAGCCGUAUGUCGGUAUCCGAAGUGACAAUUGUCGAAUUUCGUGGGGCCGACGGAAACCCUUUAUGAUUUUUGGGGGCCUGUCUACUAUUGUGUCCUUGUUGUUGUUGGCAUGGAUCCGCGAGAUCACUGCUGGUUUUCUUGGGAUCUUUGGUGUCGCCGAAAAAUCGCAGGGCGUGCACAUUACCACGCUGGUGUUUGCGACGAUUUUGAUGUAUUGUUUGGAUUUUGCUAUUAAUACAGUCCAAGCUGGCAUUAGAGCUUUUAUUGUCGACUACGCCCCGGCGCAUCAGCAGGAAACAGCAAAUGCGUGGGCGAGUCGACUGACGGGUAUCGGUAACAUUAUAGGAUAUGUCCUCGGCUAUAUGGAUUUGCCAAAGACGUUUCCGUUCCUGGGAAACACCCAGUUCAAGGUUCUUUGCGUUAUCUCGACGUCCUCCCUGGCCAUCACACUGUUGAUUAGCUGCCUCUACAUCAAAGAGCGGGACCCACGCCUAGACGCGCCAUCGUUGUCUGGUAAUCCGGGCCUGAUUGCCUUUUUCAAACAGGUUAUCAAAUCUGCUCGCCUUCUACCACCGCAGAUCCGGAAAGUGUGUGAGGUGCAGCUUGCGGCGUGGGUUGGAUGGUUCCCGUUCUUGUUCUACUCGACAACAUAUAUCGGCCAGUUAUAUGUUAAUCCGAUCUUCGAGGAGAAUCCUGAUUUACCUGAAACUGAGAUUGACAGGGCGUGGGAGGAUGCGACGAGGAUUGGCACGUUUGCGCUUCUCAUUAAUGCGAUUAUCACACUUGCGUCGAAUAUCAUCUUGCCGGCAUUGACCGUUCCGUCGUAUGGACGAGUCCAGGGUCUGUCAUACGAACCUCAUAGGAGAAGAGAUUCGUCCUCGAGCUUACGAGAAGACGGUACAACAUCAGAGCCACUUUUAGAAGGCCAUGCAAUCAUCACCACAAGCACCGCCGACGACGAGAAACCGGGCAUCAUGACAAAAAUCCGCAUCCCGGGCCUCACGCUGCGUCGCACUUGGCUGCUAUCACAUUUACUCUUUGCGCUGUGCAUGCUGAGCACGUUUUUUAUUACUUCCACGCAAGUAGCCACUGCGGUCCUGGCGAUUGUUGGUAUUUCCUGGGCCGUCACGCUCUGGGCGCCUUUUGCUCUUAUCUCAGCCGAAGUUGCGCAGAGCGCCGCCGCGCGACAGUUGUCCAGGACACAACGCCACCACCAUCACGAAGACGAAGGGGAAGAUGAUAUUGAGUCUGCACCCAAAACUGAGGCCGAAAGGCCAGCUGAUGAAGCCGGCAUCGUGCUCGGUCUUCACAAUGUCGCCAUCUCCCUUCCGCAGAUUUUUUCGACGCUUGUGAGCAGUCUGAUUUUCAAUGCGUUGCAGAAACCGCGCGGCGAGCCCUGGGAUGAUAGUGUGGGCUGGGUGAUGCGGUUUGGGGGUGCGGCUGCUUUGGUCGCGGCGUAUUUGACGAAGACGCUUGAAGAGAAGGGUCGUCGCAAGGGUGUUACAGUUAAGGCCCCACUCUGUUCCCCACCACCCAAUCAAAUCACAGUGAAACGCGGCUGCAACUUCGGCGCAGGCAAGGCCAGAAAGAAAAACGCGGUUUUAUACCUUUACCCCCUCGUGUUGCCAAAGGCUAUUUCACCACCGAAAGAAACGCGCGAAAGAAAAUUAACCAUGGUGUCUAAGCUCGCUCUUGAUAUGGUGGGCGAUCUGAUGCGCAGGGCAACGGACGACUCUGACCCUGAAGAUGUCCCUGAACCCGAAACGAAGGAGUUUUUCAGCUCGUGGGCUCUGUUCAUUCUGAUCAUGCUCUUGAUCUCUGCCCUGUUCACUAGUUAUAUCCUCCAACAGAGGAAAAUCCAAGCUGUGCAUGAAACAGUGCUGUCUAUCUUUGGUGGAAUGUUUGUCGGUCUGAUUAUUCGAUUAAGUCCGACGUCGCCGAUUCAGGAUAGCGUUACGUUUGAUUACCAGUUCUUUUUCAAUUUGCUGCUUCCGCCGAUUAUUCUUGCUUCGGGUUAUGAGCUGCACCAGGCCAACUUUUUCCGCAACAUCGGCACGAUUCUCACUUUCGCUUUCGCCGGUACUUUUAUCUCUGCGAUCGUCCUCGGUCUUAUUUUGUAUUUGUGGACGCGUAUCCCCCUCGAUGGUCUGAAUAUAUCUCUCGUCGAAGCUAUUUCCGUCGGCGCGACGCUCUCUGCCACCGACCCCGUUACAAUCCUCGCGAUUUUCAACCUGUACAAGGUCGAGCCCAAACUAUAUACCAUUAUCUUUGGAGAAUCGAUUCUUAAUGAUGCUGUCGCCAUUGUGUUAUUCGAUACCGCCCAGAAAUACGCCGAAAAUGAUGCCGCCAAGCUUUCCGUGCUCAACCUGUUUGAGGCUAUCGGCCUCUUCUUGCUGGUGUUUUUUGGUAGUAUGGUGGUUGGUAUUAUCAUUGGCAUUGCGACGGCGCUGGGUCUGAAGUAUACGCAUGUGCGUCGGCAACCGAAGAUUGAGAGUUGUCUUAUUGUCUUGAUUGCGUAUGCGGCAUACUUCUUUUCCAAUGGAGUGUAUCUUUCUGGCAUUGUGUCGCUGCUGUUUUGCGGAAUUACAUUGAAGCAUUAUGCGUAUUACAACAUGUCGCGACGGACUCAACUCACGACCAAAUAUUUGUUUCAAGUCAUGUCGCAACUGAGCGAAAACUUUAUCUUUAUUUACCUGGGUCUCGACCUCUUCGUGGAGACCAACCUUCAGUUCAAGCCGCUCUUUAUCAUCGUCGCAGUUCUUGGCAUCUGCUUUGCGCGAUAUCUGUCGGUAUUUCCCCUGUCCAAGGCGAUCAAUUGGUUCAUUCGGUACCGGGCACGACGCCGCGGCAAGGAUGUAGCCGACGAGCUGCCGUUUUCAUACCAGGCCAUGUUGUUCUGGGCGGGGCUUCGUGGAGCUGUCGGGGUUGCGCUGGCAGCUGGUAUUUCCGGUGUUAAUGGGCCGGCGCUGCGAGCAACGGUGCUCGUUGUGGUCGUGUUGACGGUCAUCAUCUUUGGCGGCACCACCGCGCGCAUGCUGGAUAUAAUGGGGAUCCGCACGGGAGUCGUGGAAGAAGUUGAAUCGGACGACGAGUUCGACAUUGAAGUCACCCAUGGAGGCACCUACUACAAGCGAUCCAACAACAGCGGACUCGGCUACACACCGCGCCGCGGCGACCUUACGAUUCCACUGGAUAAUGUCAAUGACCGUCCCGGUCUAGAGCCCACCGACAGCUAUUCCAGCGGCAACAAUCGCCGUCCCAGCCCUCCUCCGUCUCGCUCGCGGAGCACUCCGCGCAAGGGAAAUCUGUUCAACCCGAAAGAUCGUGAUCCCCGUCGCGACCCGUCAUCGACUCAAAACCUGUUGGGAGUCGCGGCAGCUGGACACGCCAACCGAAGCGAGAGCGACAUUGGCAGCGACGAAGACAUUGCCAAUCACCAUUCUCACCAGCAACAACAGCACGGACGCACGCAGUCGGGCAUGACAGUCGACCAUCUCGACGAGUUUGGGCUUGAAGUCGACCCGGUCUCGGACGACUACGACGACGACGACUUGCCACCAGCAGUCCCUUCGACAUCCCGACUGCGCCGCUCGCCGUCUCAACCAAACAACAACGUGCCCUCCUCCUCGUCGCUCAGUGUGUCACCUGCUGGUCGCGCGACUGCCGUCGAUCCUCCCGCUCACCGCGAACCUAUCAGUGCUAGAAACGCCCUGCGCGAGUUGUUUUCGGGCGGUCCGACAGGCGACCAUGCGGAUUGGUUCCGCCAGCUAGAUGAGGACUAUAUCAAGCCGACGCUUCUGCUUGACCAGUCGAAUCACAAGGGCCCUGGGGCCGUGUAA